AUGGACUUACAAACGUACAUGUUUUAUCCAGACCUUCGAAUCGAUGAGCCAUGCGGCUGGGAAGGGAUGCGGCACUACGUGGCUACUGGCUUGGCAAUCCAUGGUGGCAUCAAGACCUACAUCGAGGAGUUCCAGCCCCAAAUCCUGGAUAGGGAAGAACAUAUGCGCGAACAGGAUGGACCUGCAUCGAUUCGAAUUGAUUAUUGCAAUUGGAUUGAGAUUUUCAUAGAUUUUCUAAUUUGGCGGCCUGAGGGCAAAUGGAUCAUCGAGUGGAACCGGGAGGAAGGCGAGUGUCUUUGA